AUGGUCUUCGACAACGAGCCAGAGUGGACGCCGGGCGACGACGCCAAGUUCACGACGCGGUCUCUCGACGAGCACUUCGCCUCCACCGAUGAUGCUAACGAGGAGUACCCAACCCGCGGGGACACUUUCGACGACAUUCUCAAGCGGUUGGCCGAGAUGGGCCCCAACCCGGAAACCGACUCGCCCAGGCCCAGCCCCGCUCGGCGGCUGCUGAACAAGGUCAAGAAGGAGGUCAAGAAGGAGGUCAAGAAGGUCGUGUCGCGUGCUUCCUCUCCCGACAGCCAUGCACGCUCGAUGCCGGCGAUCCCAGAGGAGAAGCCCGAGGAGCCCGAGGAGCCCGACGAGGAGGAGGAGGAGGACAACCCUCAGCCCCGCAUGCGCAGACGCAUCUUCAUUGACAACAGUUCCCGUGGGCGUAGGGACUGGCCCAACGGCCUGCGCCAGAUCGGCUACGAUGCCGACGACGACACGGCCACGUACGAGGACAUGUACGGAGACCGCUGGAUUUCUAGGAGGGAACUCGGUACGGAUGGCUCUGGCCUUGCCGACAUCGCCGGCAUGUGCGACUUUGUUGUUUGUUCGGUAUUUGAAAUGAAAUAA